GAUGAACGCAUUGAACGGACGACAUCCAGCUUCGGAAGACGUCGACAAGCCAACAGGCCCACAAGGCAGACAUCUCAUCGUUUGGGAACUAAGAUUUCUCCGCUGAAGGAAGGACAUUAAAACUGGAGCCAAAUUUCAGAGGAAGUCUCAGCCGAUGGUCGACUCUAACCAUCGAAACGAUGAUGCCGAUGAUGUUUCCAAGAACGACCAGGAUCCACUGCCGUUCCAGAUUGAGCUUACCCUGAUUGAGCUCUCCGAAGUCGUUAGAGAUGAUCCAUCAGGCAAAGAGAUACCCAAUCAAGUGGAUCAGAUUCUGCAGACUCUUUCCUGCAAUGAUGCUCUGAGCUAUUUGGCCACACUCAUACCACCACCAACAAUGUCACCCAAAAAAGAUUCCAACGGGACAAAGAAGAAGAAGCGUUGGUUUGGAAGACGACAACAAGCCGAACAGCAAGAUGAUCCACUAGAAAAGAAGACGCAAGAAAUCAAGGAUCGAAUACAGAAACAGGUCGUUCGGUUCUUAAAAGUUCCCGACAAGUACGUAUCGUGGGGUUCCAUUCUGCUCAAAAGCCAAGCAUUUCAUCAAGUCCAUGACUACCACGCUCCUACGAUUCCACGACCUUUAAUGGAACUGCCACGGACACAAUACAAAAAGCCGUACAUUCCUAGUACCGAAAAGUACGAUUCUUUUCCUGAAGUCAACCUCUAUCCAAUCAGCGUCUCCCACCAGUUCCCCUUUGUCGGCUUGGCGAGGCUAGUGGUGACUGAGAUAUCCAAGCAGCCACAACACCGUCCUUUGGUAGGUCUGGAUAUUGUCACCUACGACGACUACAAUCCUCGCUUGUACGAUUCGGCACAGGCGUUUGUGAAGGUAUUCAAAACAAGCUUUACAGACUGGGAAUGGGAUUGUAUUCACAAUCGCACUUCCACCAAUCUACACAUGCUACGGGAAUUCUAUCUUCGAUGGGCCAUCAAAGAGGCUUAUACCAAGGCAUUGGGAGUUGGGAUGGGGCUCUCCUUUGACUCCUUUGAAACUCAUUUGUCGGGUAUCACAGAAGAAGGGAGUAUCUACGCGUGGAUACUGGAAGAGUGUUCGAGAGCCGAUGGCGGCAGUAGUAGCAAUGACUACCAAAAGCCGUUGCUGGCGAGGGGAUUUGUGGUCAUCAAUCCGGGCACCGAUACAUGCAAGUCGGAGGGUUGUACGUUCUUCUUUCUGCCCCUGUGGGAUGUCAAUAAACCUGCACAUACCACUGCGAUGGGUUGCGCUUGUAUAUGUCUUUCGCAACCACAAUCCACCAACCAAACGGAGGCAGCAAUGUUUGAGCUCGUGACAAAGUGGCAAAGCUUGGAGGAUGUAGUGGCAUGGCAUGAGAACAAUAGCUCAGUAGUGAUGAUGUAAAGGCAGCAAUUUCACCAGAGGGCUACUCGAUCGAAACCUGCAAUGUCAGUCGUUCAGCGACAACACGGAGAUUUGGACGGCGCAGUCUUGCAAGAGAAUUGUGAUG